GAUGGUGGCUUCACACAAUGGGGACAAUGGGCCAAUCCGCCAUGCUCCGUGACCUGUGGAAGUCGUGCCACGAAGAAUGUGUCCAGAGUCAGGUCUUGCAGCAACCCCAUCCCACAGAACGGGGGGAUAAUGUGCACGGGAAACAAUUCAGAAACUGAAGAAAGAAACUGUGGACUUCCUCCAUGCACAGUGGAUGGUGGCUUCACACAAUGGGGACAAUGGGCCAAUCCGCCAUGCUCCGUGACCUGUGGAAGUCGUGCCACGAAGAAUGUGUCCAGAGUCAGGUCUUGCAGCAACCCCAUCCCACAGAACGGGGGGAUAAUGUGCACGGGAAACAAUUCAGAAACUGAAGAAAGAAACUGUGGACUUCCUCCAUGCACAGUGGAUGGUGGCUUCACACAAUGGGGACAAUGGGCCAAUCCGCCAUGCUCCGUGACCUGUGGAAGUCGUGCCACGAAGAAUGUGUCCAGAGUCAGGUCUUGUAGUAACCCCAUCCCACAGAACGGGGGAACAUUUUGCACGGGAAACAAUUCAGAAACUGAAGAAAGAAACUGUGGACUCCCUCCAUGCACAGUGGAUGGUGGCUUCACACAAUGGGGACAAUGGGCCAAUCCGCCAUGCUCCGUGACCUGUGGAAGUCGUGCCACGAAGAAUGUGUCCAGAGUCAGGUCUUGUAGUAACCCCAUCCCACAGAACGGGGGAACAUUUUGCACGGGAAACAGUUCAGAAACUGAAGAAAGAAACUGUGGACUCCCUCCAUGCACAGUUGACGGUGGCAUCACGCCGUGGUCGACGUGGUCACAUACGCCGUGUUCGAAGACGUGCGGCAGACAGGCGACCCGAGUAGCAGUGCGAACCAGGUCAUGUACAUACCCGGAUCCACAGACAAGUGGGGACUGUCCUGAGAGUCGCAUGGAGACGAGGGAGGAGGGAUGCACUCUGUCAGAGUGUCCAGUGGAUGGUGGCUUCACACAAUGGGGACAAUGGGCCAAUCCGCCAUGCUCCGUGACCUGUGGAAGUCGUGCCACGAAGAAUGUGUCCAGAGUCAGGUCUUGUAGCAACCCCAUCCCACAGAACGGGGGGACAUUUUGCACGGGAAACAAUUCAGAAACUGAAGAAAGAAACUGUGCACUCCCUCCAUGCACAGAUUAUGGAGUCCUGUCGACUUGGUCUGACUGGAGUGAACCGUCAUGUGAUGUCACGUGCGGUAUGUCAGCGGGCAAGGUUGCAACAAGGUCAAGGUCAUGCUCAAAUGACAACAAGAACUGCCCAGGUCACAUGACAGAAACAAAACAAUCCAACUGCAGAUUAUCCCCCUGUCCAGAUCCCCAGACAGAGGUUUCGUAUAUUGUGUUGGGCGUGUCAGUUGGAACUGGGGUGACGUUACUGCUCGUUGUACUGAUCGUCGUCGGUGUUGUAGUAUAUGUCCUAAGGAGACAAAGGACAAAGACAUCUCGCGCAGCCCGCUUUGAUGGUCAUGUGUGGAACCCCUACAGCCACCCUACCACGGCCGCCGCCCCGACCGCUCCCAUGGACAACGACUACAUCGGCGCAAGGCGUGUCUACAGCAACAACGUCACCUCUUGAGUACACCCCAGGCACGAUCAGACCGCCUCGUCUCACAUAUGGAACCAUUAUGAAAUCUUUGAGAGGCCCGAGAAAGCGAAGAGAUAGUGUUACUACCGCAUCAGGAGCUCUUGUCUCUAUGUGUUGCUUAUUUUGCUAUGAUUCUUGAACGAUAUUCGUGUCAAUAAAAUGCAUACGAAUCAUA